GUGGGUUUUGAAUGGGUGAGUAAAGGUAAGUGUGCAGCAUUUCCCAUAAAGAGCUGUUCCGUCUUCUACGUAAUAAUUAGUCAACUACUAGUUUCCUGUUGCAGGACAGAAUGUGAAAAAAACUGUCCUGCAACAGUGACAAGCUCAAAACUGUUGGGCAGUCAGCCAUUAGUCUUCAGCUUGUCUCUGUCGGAAGGACACGCCGACAGAUGAGCAGCCAUGGUGCUGCCUCUGCUGCUGCUGCUCCUCGUCCUCCUCGUGUCUCCUUACUCCUUCGCCUCCUCCUCACAGAACUUAAACCGCCCAGGUUUCCUCCAUCAUAAAGCUCUGCCGGCUGUGGAUGCCGCUGGCCCGGUUCUGCAGAACCGACCCUUCACCGUAGUGUGGAACAUGCCCACAGCCAACUGUCAGAAACACCACAACAUCCAGCUGGACCUGGACAAGUUUAAUAUUGUGGAGAACAAGAAGGAGCGCUUCCAGGGAGAGAGAAUGACCAUCUUCUACCGAGACCGCCUGGGCAAAUAUCCUUACUUGUCUGACGAUGGCAGGCAGGUGAACGGAGGACUCCCCCAGCUCGGUGACCUCUCGACUCACCUGGCCCUCACAGAGACGCAGCUGUCCGUCCUGCUGCGUCCCAGCUUCUCUGGGACGGCCGUCAUCGACUGGGAGGAGUGGCAGCCGCUGUGGGAGAGCAACCUGGGGUCCAGGAUGACUUAUCGGAGGCUGUCCAAGCUGCUGGUGAGGCAGGACAGACCUGACUUGGAGGAGGAGGAGGUGAAGCGCUUGGCACGGCAGAAGUUUGAGGAGAGCGCUCGGAGCUUCAUGGAGGAGACUCUGAGGCUGGCGGUCAAGCGUCGACCCAAAGGAUUCUGGGGCUUUUAUGGGUUCCCUUCUUGUUUUAAUAAACACAAAAGAAAAACAGAUCAAACCUACACAGGUCACUGCCAUAAGGGGACCCGGCAGAUGAAUGACAAGCUGUCCUGGCUCUGGACUCAGUCCACUGCUCUGUACCCCAGCAUCUACCUGCCGCAGAGGCUGGCAGGCUCUGCAGAUGCAGCUCUAAUGGUCAGACACAGACUGCUGGAGGCUUUGCGUGUGGCAUCAAAUUGGCGUCAUGGCAACAAAACCGUCCACGCCACACCUGUCUUUCCUUAUGCCCGACUGGCGUUCACACGCUCUCUCAACUUUCUUAAUCAGACAGACCUGGAGCACACACUCGGAGAGAGCGCGUCACUCGGCGCAGCCGGAGUCGUGCUGUGGGGAGAGAUGAAAUUUGCCAAAUCCAGACAACAGUGCGUCCUCCUCAAAAAUUACGUCCACGGCACGCUGGGUCCGUUCGUCCGGUCGCUGAGCUCCGACACGCGGCGCUGCAGCAUCCAACGUUGCCACGGCAACGGGCGCUGCGCCAGGCGACGCCCCGGCUUCGGUUUGAGGCUGUCCUCAGCUUCUGGCCGCGCCUCUGACCCUCCUGAGGCCGAUGGGUCCGGCAGCGGCAGAUACUUCCACCGACACUUCGUGUGUCGGUGCUUUCCAGGCUGGACCGGACCCGAGUGUCAUGAGGGGAGCGGACAGAACCACAGCUAACCCACACUGCUGAAAGAGCCUUCAGUCAGCGCUCAGGGUUCAAAAUCAAACAACUGAUGUGUCAAUAUCUCUGCACUUCUUGGUAGUAAUAUUAAAAAUAAACUUGUUAAAAUCC